GCUGACGGCCCCUUCCCCAAGCCUUCUUUUUCCUUGCUUCCUUCGACCCCAAAUCCCAUUCGCCGUCCGUCCUCCGCCACCUCGCCCCAAUCUCCACGGAGAGCGCUCUAAGGCACGGACGCCCCACUGCUGCUGCUCGGCAGACGACUAUCGCGAUCGCGUUAAUCGCCUCGAUGAUAAUUCUGUGAUAUGGACUGGAAAGUUUUGCUCGUCCUGGGUAUGCGUGAAUGAUGUUCAAUUUGGAAAAGGGUUCAAUUGCUCCUGCUAGAUGGAAAUGGCAACAGACGACUGAACUACCACUUACUACUAAAUUGCUGAGUGAUGUGUCACCCGAGAUAGAAUUAUCUGAUUAUAGAAAAUUACCAAGUUCAGCACCUGAGCCCCCAGUUGGGCUUCUAAAUGGUGAACACCUAGAUGCAGAACUGAUCGUUGAUUUAGAUCUAUUUUUUGAAAGGCUCUACAGUUACUACCGUCAGAAGGGGCUUUGGUGUAUCAUCGUCAAGUGGAUGGUUGAACUUUUAUAUGUAAUUUUCAUGGUAGGGUUUAUUGCCUUUUUCUUACUUUAUGUUGAUUGGGAUGCCUUGCGCAAAGCAAAGUGUGGAGUUGAGGCAGUUGAGUUGGGAGAAAAACCUUGUGAUCUUCCUAAGGAAGUCAUUAAGCAACAUCCUUUAGUUCCUUUUACAAUUAGUAAAGCAAUUAUUAUUGGCUCCAUGGUCAUAUUGACUCUCUAUGGGCUUUUCAACUUUUUGAAAUUCUUUGUACAACUGAAGAAUAUUGUCAAAAUUCGUCACUUCUAUUAUAACAGACUCAAUGUUACAGAUCGUGAAAUUCAGACAACACCUUGGCCUACUAUUAUGGAAAAGGUUGUUCAACUACAGAAGUCUCAACAACUUUGUGUGGUAAAGGAUCUUUCUGCUCAUGAUGUGGUAAUGAGAAUAAUGCGCAAGGAGAAUUAUUUGAUUGCGAUGAUUAAUAAAGGUGUUCUAGCAUUUUCCAUUUCGUCAUGGGUUCCUGGAGCUGGUCCAACUGUCAAAUCUAGAAUCACUGGAAAGAAAAACCAUUUGAUACUUCCAAAAACUCUUGAAUGGACCUUAAAUUGGUGCAUAUUCCAAAGCAUGUUUGACAGCAAAUUUUGUCUUCGAAGGGAUUUUGUAACCAACCCUUCAUCAUUGAGAAAAAGACUUGUUUGUCUUGGGAUUGGAAUGUUUCUCAUAUCACCAUGCCUUUUAAUCUUCUUGCUAGUGCACCUUUUUCUAAGACAUGCUGAACAGUUAUACCAUCAUCCAAGCACAGCAUCAUCUCGUAGGUGGUCUAAUUUAGCGAAAUGGAUUUUCAGGGAGUUCAAUGAGGUGGAUCAUUUAUUUAUGCAACGAUUAAACAACAGUGUGAUAGAUGCUUCAAAUUAUUUAAAGCAAUUUCCAUUCCCUCUAAUUUCCAUAUUAGCCAAAUUUGUGUCUUUUGUUUCUGGUGGCUUCGCUGCAAUUCUAAUUAUAAUUGCAUUUUUGGAUGAGUCUCUACUUGAAGGUCAAAUAUUUGGUCGCAAUUUAUUUUGGUAUGCUGCUGUUUUUGGAACUGUGACUGCCAUAAGUCGAGCUGUUGUAACAGAUGAACUUCAAGUUCGUGAUCCAGAAGGUGCAAUGUCUAUUGCCAUCCAAAACACACAUUAUAUGCCUAAAAAGUGGCGUGGUAGAGAAAAUAGUGAUGCUGUUUGUGCAGAAUUUGAAACCCUGUUUCAGUACACUGGAAUGAUGCUACUGGAAGAGAUGGCAUCCAUUUUCAUUACUCCUUAUUUGCUCAUAUUUGUUGUGCCAAAGCAUGUUGAUGACAUUUUGAAAUUUAUUUCAAAAUUCACGGUGUAUGUUGAUGGAGUUGGCGAUGUCUGCAGUUUUAGUUUGUUUGACAUCCAAAACCAUGGAAAUAAGAAGUAUGCUUCACCUUCUAAUGCAGAGCGAGAUAAGAGUUCUCAGGGUAAAACAGAAAAAUCAUUUUUGAGCUUCCAGAGCACCUAUCCAUAUUGGGAACCUGACACAUAUGGUCAACAAUUCCUGUCCAAUCUUCACAAAUUUAGGGAAAGACAGACCCACAUCAGCUACCCCUAUACCAUUCAGGACAGCUCAUCUUAUCACCCAUGGAACUUUACGUCAAGAUGGAACGACAAGCAUGAACAAACAUACCGAUUCUUCUCGAGGGAAGAGCAUCACAACCUUGAUUAUUUUUCAUUAACAAAUCCUAAUCGAAGGACUCGCCCUUAUAUCCUUGAUUGGUAUUACACAACCUUCUCGCUCGACCCAGCUAGAAAUUCAACUGACUUCCAUCCAUCUACCAGUGAAGUGAUAGUCGAACCUUCAGAACCUAUGUGGUCGCCGCUGAAUAAACAGUUAAGUGAAAUCGAAGAAAGUACAGCCUGGCAAUCUCAAUUCUCAGAUAGAGUUUACAGUCACUUGGAGGCCUCUACAUCCAGACCUCUAUUCAAGGAGCAGGAUCUUCACCACCCAGUUGUGGAGCAUCACAAUAUUGGCCAUUGGUGGAAUCGACCUGGUUCUCAGUUAUCUGUCCCACAGGCAAGCUUUAUGGAACCCCCAACCUUCGGUGAGCAGCAUCUGAAUUUCCACCAUGAUGAUGCAUCUGAGAGAAGCGAGGAGCAGCAAGGAGAGUCAGAAGUCGCUGCCGACAAUGAGUGGAAAACCCCAAACUCUAUGUUUAGAACCACAUACAUCGAUGACUCUGAUAACGACGAGGCAUUCAAUCUUCAUUUUACCGAUGACAAGGGCAAAAGACACAUUCGGCAGACGACUAAUCAUAACAGUAUGCCGUUUAGAAGCAUUCCUGUGAGAAUACUACCAAGCAGCAAUGAUCCAGUGUGGUUCAGAGAACGUUGAGAGCUGGCUGUUCUGGAAGUCAUAUAGUAAUGCUAUUCUUUUGUAAAUAUAAUAUUCGUUGGUGGGAAUGCUAGAACUCUAUUACAAAUCGUGUAAUUAGCCCUGGAGGGGUGGUUCGCAAACUACAUUGGAUCGCAGUGCAGCUAUUACAUGUGCUGUAUGAUCAACCAUUUAUAUAUAUUUCCCUAAUAAAAUGGCUAACCGCAAGCCUUAUUUGUGGCU